AUGGAAGCAGCAGGAAGGAUUGCAGGGCAGGAUGAUGGAGAGACUGGCAUGUUAGUGCAAUCACAUGGGGUAGUAACGCAGGUUACGGAGGGCAGUAGUGCUAGGAGCUGUGGAGGGAAAGGGAAGGAGGUAGGAUAUGGUGAAGAAUCUGCAGCAGGGGGAUUGGUGGGAGUAGGUGUGGGUCAGACGAGGCAGAGAGAGGGAAGACAUGGGGAAGUAACAGCGGCCUUUGCGGUGCCUCACAGGCCGUUUGGAGAGGGAUCAAGUAGAGAAGUAGCAGCGAGCUUUGCGGCACCUCGGAGGCCGUUUGGAGAGGGAUCAAAACAGGAGAGGGGGGGAGAGGAGGAGGAGAAGGAGGAGGAGGAGGAGGAGGAGGAGGAGGAGGAGGAGGAGGAGGAGGAGAAGGAGGAGGAGGAGGAGGAGGAGGAGGAGGAGGAGGAGGAGGAGGAGGAGGAGGAGAAGGAGGAGGAGGAGGAGGAGGAGGAGGAGGAGGAGGAGGAGGAGGAGGAGGAGGAGGAGGAGGAGGAGGAGGAGGAGGAGGAGGCGGAGGCGGAGGCGGAGGAGGAGGAGAAGCAUUACUAG